UCACGAUAAGAUGCAGAGAUGCGACGAACGGAUUAAUGAGAGAGGCUGUGGCGCGAAACAUAUGGACAAAAUCUGCCCCUACUCCUGCGGGUUCUGUCAAGUUAACGAAAGCAACCCAGCACUGAAGGCAGCGGAAAGCAGGACUGUGCUGCCGUCGAGAUCGGAUCUGGACGGAGCAGCGCAGUCUCUGGCCCUCCUACAGCGAGUGUAUCUGCUGCCCAUGGAACACCUGCUCAACGGGAGGAUUCUGAACACCGAUUCAAGCGUUAGACUGACCACGUGGGACAUCUUGCGCGUGGCCAGAGCAAGUGCGGACGCUAGACGCUGGGUCAACGCUUGGGUCUGGUACGACGAGGCUCUUUCCGCCAUCCCAGACCCCGACGCACAAGAUCAUGUUUCUGACUUGCUUGAAUUCAUAGAAUACCAGCAUGAUCUGAACUGGCGGAACGACACCGGGUGGAAGAAGGACAACCAGUUCCUUUUCCUGUUGUCAGAUGUCCCGCGACAGAAACCCGUUACCUCUGUCUACUCUGAUCUCUGUCGUGGAGAUUGGUCUAAGCUACGGAAACAAAUCCCUUCAGGAGCGCCUCAGUGCCAUAUCUCCUCCCGCGGCUCGCCCUUCCUGGUGCUGCAGCCCGUCAAGUGGGAGUACCUGAGUCACAACCCGGAGAUGAUCAUCUUCCCGAAUUUCUUGUCGGACGAGGAAGCCAGGAUCAUUAUUUACUUGUCACGGGACUAUAUGACGAAGGAUCUGGGAAGCGGAGGGCGGCAAUCGCACCAAGUAUUCCUGGCCAACAGUACACAUCCUUUACUCACUCGUCUUUCGCGCAGGAUCGAGGCCGUGACGGGCCUCCUCGCGUACGAAGGAGCGAACGGCGAGGAUGAUGCGGGAGAUCCUAUCAAGGUCCGUUACUACGGCACAGGGGGGCAUCUGAAUCCCCACGUCGACGUCUUCGCCAAACACGUGAACUCGACGUGUGACGAUAACCCGAUGUGCUCCAGGUCUGGGGAUCGCAUUGCCACCUUUAUGCUUUACCUAAACGACGUAAAAGCUGGCGGAAGUACAGCCUUCUACACCAGUGACGUGGCCGUAACACCAAAAACGGGCAUGGGUGUGUUCUGGUACAAUCUGAAGAGGAACGGCAUGUACGACCGCAGAAUGGACCAUGGAGGAUGCCCGGUUCUGCUGGGGUCCAAAUGGGUCGCCGUGAAGUGGAUCCGUGAGAAAGCAAACUUCCUUCGGCGUCCGUGCUCGACAGACCCAGAAGAAUGAUGCUCGCAACCUUGCGUAUUUCACCUCUUGCCUUCCUGUAACAUUUCAUAUUUUCUCCAACUUUUAAUUAACAGGCUUAGUAUGGAGAAAUUGAAACUGAUAUGAAAUUGUUAUGCAUUUUUUCUUUCUGUAUUUUGAUCUGUUCAUUAAUCGCAAUUUCUGUUUACAAGUGGAACUUUACAUUCUAUCUUACCACUGUGUUUUUGAAAUAUACGGCAUAUAUAUCUUUGUGGCAGUUCUAUGACUACUUUUCGUACAACGUUUUUCGUAAAAAGACAAUAUUUAUUU